GCCACUAGAGCGAGAGCUCAAUGUAACCCCCUCCUCCUCGUCUUCAACAUCGUCCUGGGUGUACACAGAUUUUGCAGCAGUGUCACGGGCUUCACUGGGUUGUGCGGUAAUUGUAUGAAGUCUUCGCUCGUCGCUGUGAAGCCCACAGGAACAGGAGCACAGCAUCAACGGCAUAACCUUGGACAAUACGGUGUAACCAUCUCGUCUUACGCCUUUUCAACGGUACUCAAAAACUGGUCCGUCACAAAAUGGACACAAAGUAGAUGUACUGUAAUGAUUGCAUCAAUAUUUGGGUGCACUCUAAUUCUGCGCAAUACUUUAUCCAAGUGAUGUAUUCUACCCUGAACAUCACCAACCAUCCAGACAAAUUCCAUUUUAGCCUCUCUCGACCAUCAGCACUUUUCUCGACAGUCUAGCAGCAUGGGCGGCGGCAACGGACAGAAGUCUGCGACCAAGCGUGAGCGCAACAAUGCUAAGAAGAUGAAGGAGGCCAAGCAGAAGAACCACGCUGAGUCCAAGGCCAAGAUGGAGGCCGACAAGAACGGCAUUAAGUGCAAGAUCUGCAUGACGACGUUUCUCAUUACGGCCAGCAGGUCGCAGCUGAACGACCACUUCGAGAGCAAACACUCGUCCAAGGGCUUCACUAUCGAGCAAUGCUUCCCCGGCAAGGUUUAACGAGGCUCGCUGACGGCUGUGGGUGACCUCCUUCAUCUUUACAUACAUUAUCAAGCAAAGCGACGGACGCCAGUCGCUGCUAGAUCCUCUGUAGCGAGAUCUAUCAGCGCAGUGUUUUGCAGUGCAGUACAAGGAGCAGGAGACGAUAGAUGGAUCUGCUCCGUUGUGCGCUGCAACCCGUCUUACCAAUAAUGAAAGAAUGAACAUCGUUUUUUGCUUCAACUU